CGCGCUGCCCCGCGGCCGGGCCGGGGCAAGAUGGCGGCGGAGGCGGCGGACUCGUGGGACGCCGACAGCUUCGAGGUGGUGGAGCCGGUGACGAAGCGGCUGGUGCCGGGGGUGGCCGGGGACCGCUGGGCCGGCGAGGAUGAGGAGGACGAUGUGAAGGAUAACUGGGAUGAUGAGGAGGAAGAGGAGGAGGUAAAGGAGACAGAGGUAAAACAAGAACCGAAAGUUUCAGAAAAAAAGAAAAUAGCAGAAAAAAUCAAAGAAAAAGAAAAGCUACAGAAGAAAAAGCAAGAGGAGCUUAAAAAAAGGUUAGAGGCACCAGAGGAGCAGAAGGAGCUCACACCAGAAGAACAGUUGGCAGACAAACUACGGCUAAAGAAGCUACAAGAGGAGUCAGACCUGGAGUUAGCAAAGGAAACAUUUGGUGUAAAUAACACUUGUGGAAUAGAUGCCAUGAAUCCCUCUACAAAAGAUGACUUCACGGAAUUUGGCAAACUCCUAAAGGAGAAAAUCACACAGUACGAGAAGUCGUUACAUUACGCCGCGUUUUUGGAAGCGUUAGUUCGGGACGUCUGUAUUUCCUUGGAAGUGGAUGAUUUGAAAAAGAUCACAAACACUCUGACAGUACUAUGCAGUGAAAAACAAAAACAAGAGAAGAAUAAAGCCAGGAAGAAGAAAAAAGGGGUUGUUCCUGGAGGGGGGCUGAAGGCGACGAUGAAAGACGACCUGGCCGACUACGGGGGCUACGACGGCGAGUACGUACAAGACUUUGAAGACUUCAUGUGACAUUUAUCUUCCUUCUGUUGUCUUUCUGUUGCCCAUAAUCCCUUAAACAUGUAGCACAACUUUUCUUCCUUUAAAUUCUGCCAAAUGCUACAAUCAGAAUUGCAGUAUCUGUGUGCUGGGGGUUGGACGUGCCCAGCCCCGGGCGGAAGCUCUGGGCAGGGGAAGGGAAAAGGUCUGAAAAUUGCAGUUAAAAACCCAAAAUUCUGAUAAUGGGCACUGCUGCUAUUUAAUUUGAUAGCAACAGCCACUAAAUUGGGAAGGAAUUGGAAAGGGGUGAAGGAUUACAACCAGCACAGCUCCAUGGCAUGGCCUCACCUGCCCCUGUCCAGGGCCAGGGCCAUGAGCACGAGCAGUUUGCAGCAGGGUGUGCACGUAGAGUUCCAGUCGCUUUGUCUUGAGUUAGAGCUUGAGGUUCUCAGUAUUUUGGGAAGGGCACUGCUAACUUCAGUGUGGGAUACUGCACCUGGGAGCCUGUCCCCUGGGCCAGCCCCUGCUCCACAGCCUGACCCUGAGCAGCAGCUGCUGGGGCAGAGCAAGGCAAACCCACUUGUGUCUCCAGGAUGAACUUUAGUUCCAUUCACCUAAAUUUCUACUAAUGCAGCUGUUGGGGUGGGUGUUCUUUAACAGUUAAUUAAUGGGUUUAAGUGUAAAACAAAAACCAAACCACAAGACUUCCUUGGGGCUCUCCUGGGUUGUGGUGGGUCUUUCAUGACUCAGCCCUUUUCUUCCAUUAAAAACCAGACUUGCUUUGCAAACUGCAGCAGUUCCUCCGGUUGGGCAAAUUGUUAUGUUAACAAUUACAACAUCUGCAAUGUUUUAUAAAGCAACUAAUUUAAUAAAAAUCACUAUUGAGGACUUCA